CGGAACACCUGAUCAUUUGAGCUGGCAUGGUGGCGCACGAGUCCUGGGUCCAGGUGUCAAGUGGACGCUGCAAAAAUUUGUGGAGAUACCACAUAGAAACGUAAAAAAUGGAACUGUGAUUAUGGCAUUUUAGGGCUCUUUGGUGGUGUGCUGAACUUUGUGCGAGAUUCCUCGUGUUGUAGCGACCUUCUUUGUGUUUACAACAGGCAGAUGGCUUACUAGUC